AUGAAUAAAAACGAAUUAAAUAUUGAAAAUUAUAAAAUAAAAACCGCUCCACCGACUGCUUACUACGUAUCAGAAUUUAUAACGAAAAAUGAAGAAGAGUCAAUUUUGUCCAGUAUUUAUGCUGCCCCAAAGCCAAAAUGGACUCAACUGUCUAACAGAAGACUACAGAAUUGGGGUGGAAUACCGCAUAAUAAAGGCAUGAUAGCUGAAUCAAUACCGAGUUGGCUUGAUGUGUAUCUAGAACAAAUACAUAAUCUUAAUGUAAUGGGUGGGAAUAGGCCCAAUCACGUGUUAGUGAAUGAAUAUCUCCCGAGACAAGGUAUAAUGGCACAUUUGGAUGGCUCAUUGUUCUAUCCAACUAUCACAACAAUAUCUGUCGGAUCUCACACAGUGCUCAAGUUUUCAGAGCCUGCUGUAGAUGAUGCAGAUAAUCGUAACCCCAUAUUUUCCUUUCUACUUGAGCCUAGGAGUUUACUAAUCCUUCAAGACGAACUAUUUAAUAACUAUUUACAUUGCAUAGAGGAGCUGAGUGAAGAUAUACUGGAUGACUCCGUAGUUAACUUAGAAUGCUGUUCUAAUAAAUAUAUACCGGGUGCACGAUUAAAACGUGACACCAGAAUAUCACUUACCAUACGACAUGUACCAAAAACAACCGCAUUUAAAAUUAAUAUUGGAAAUAAAUAA